CAGUAAGCCAACUGGAGCGUUUCCUCAAAUGAAUAAUUCUACACCUAAAGUUAGGUUUUGAACCUACGUCCGUAAAGGACAACACAGUGACAUUAAUCACUCGGCUACGGACACCCUGCCACUUGUUAAGUUUAAAAGGAUGUAACAGAAUUAAAUACUGUUUGUGGUUCAAAUGAUUAAUGUAUUCUGACUUAGUAACAUAAAUGGUAAUAAAUUGUCUAUGAUAUUUUGAACGUUUGUUGUCAAAAUAUGUAAGAAAAUUUAACUUGGACAGCGAUCAAGUGAUGUUGGCUCUGAAACAAGUAACCUGCAAUUCAUAUAAUGCAGCCUGUAGAAAACCGAUUAUUAUAAAAUGCAUCCAUACUCUGUAGUUAAAUACAUGUAAAAUUUAUUAACUAACUUACUUAAUUUAGGAAAAGGUUAAUGAAUGAUGAAAGUAAAUUAAGAUGAUUAUGGUACAGUGGUUUGAACAAAGUAGCCGAUUGUAUUUACUGCAGCUUGUAGACAACCGAUUUUUAUCUACAAUUUACAUUUUUACACGAGGCAGUUGGCUAGAGUCAAAGAACUGAAUAUAGAAAAUACAUGUGCACAUAUAUAGUCUAGUGACUCCGACUAAACUUUCCCUGAUUAUUCUUUUCUGUUCAAUAUGAACAAAAGUCUAUAACUAAUCUGGUUUAUAGUAACCACAGGCUGCUCAGUGUGAUUUUAAUUGGACAGUAGUGCAGAAUAAAGAAAAUUAGGGGCAUUCGUGGCCGAGUGGUUAAGGUCGCUUACUUUAAAUCACUUGCAACUCGCCGAUGUUGGUUCGAGCCUCACUCGGAGCGUUGAAUUCCUUAUGUGAGUAAGCCACCCAGCUGGCUUACGGAAGGUCGGUGGUUCUACCCAGGUGCCCGCUCGUGAUGAAAUAAUGCACUGAAGGGCACCUGAGGUACUAUCAAAUCUGGAAAGUCGCCAUAUGACCUAUAACUGUGUCGAUGCGAUGUUAAACCCAACAAACACAAAACAACAGAUGAUAAGAUUAGAAAAGAUGAGGCUAACUGCGGCAAAUACCCUUGCACUUGUCCUCCUGCAGAUUGUUUUUAUCCGAACAGAAGGAGCAGCGUAUUCGUCCACAGUUUGUAUAAACGCUUGUGGAAACACGUUUUCAUCCGGGUUCAGACGUAUGUGCCAGUCAUGCGCUGCCGAUCCACCAGUCGACUACGAAAUGUGCCGUUAUGCCUGUGGAAACACUUAUUAUAGCUACCCCCGACAAAUAUGUAACAUAUGUGUAUCACGUGUACCUACAUCGGAUCUGAUGUGUAUACAAGCUUGCGGAAAUACCUUAUCCAGUCGGUAUCUACAAAUAUGUGGUCGUUGUGUAGUGAAUCCGCCGGUCACCGAAACGAUGUGUAUACAUGCUUGCGGAAAUACUGUUUCUUCUAAUUUUCAAAGAAUGUGCCAUCGUUGUGUAGAAAGUCCGCCAGUCACUGACACAAUGUGUAUUCAUGCCUGCGGAAAUACUAUUUCUUCUAAUUUCCGAAGAAUUUGUGAUCGUUGUGUAGAUAACCCACCGGUCACUGACACAAUGUGCAUCCAUGCUUGCGGAAAUACUGUUUCAAGAUCUUCUUAUUUCCGAAGAAUUUGUGAUCGUUGUGUAAUGAGUCCGCCAAUAACUGACACAAUGUGCAUCUAUGCAUGCGGAAAUACAUAUUCUUCUUAUUUCCAAAGAAUCUGCAAUGCAUGCAACUAAAAGACUGUUGUAAUGUCUAUAUUUGUGUUGUUACACAGCACCGUUUACAAGGACAACGAGAUUGCUGAUAAAAAGAGAUUUAUUCUUUAUUAUGCCCCCGAAGGGAGGCAUAUAGUUUUUGAACCGUCUGUCGGUCUGUCGGUCUGUCAGUCUGUCCGCAAUUUUCGUGUCCGGUCCAUAUCUUUGUCAUCGAUGGAUGGAUUUUCAAAUAACUUGGCAAGAAUGUGUACCACAGUAAGACGACGUGUCGCGCGCAAGACCCAGGUCCGUAGCUCAAAGGUCAAGGUCACACCUAGACGUUAAAGGAUAGUGCAUUCAUGGCCGUGUCCGG